AUGAUAGAAGAUACAAGUCGGACAAAGUAUGAUGCUGAGAUUAGAGCUCUACGGUGCAUAAAUUCAUUCUUAGAAGUUGUUGGUAAAAGUGUAAAUAAUUUUUGCUUUACGGAUUUCGACAUUACUAUAAAUGACGCUGACAUGUUAGCAAAAAUGAUUUUAGAAGAAAGUGCAAAUAUUAAUGUUGAGUCUGAUAUGCAUUUUACAAAAAGUUUAAAUAAAGAGAAACAAUUUGCUUAUGAUACUAUUUUAGAUUGUGUUUUGAACGAUAGAAAUGGAAUUUUUUUUAUUGAUGGUCCAGGAGGUGCUGGAGUAGUUGCUUCUUUAUUGCCUGCUGGAAGAACUGGUCAUUCGCGUUUUAAAAUUCCUCUUCAAAUAAGUCAUGAUAUGCGAUGUUCAGUAAGUAAACAAUCUGCACUUGGUCAGCUUUUAAAAAUGACGAAACUAAUUGUGUGGGAUGAAGCACCAAUGGUUAAUAAGUAUACUUUUGAAGCUUUAGAUAAAAUAUUAAAAGAUAUUACUGAACGUGAAUUGUCAUUUGGUGGAAAGUACUCUAUACAACUACCGUUAACUGAAAAUAUGAGAGCUAGAUUGGAUCCUUCGUACAGUGAAUAUUUACUCAAAAUUGGAAACGGAAUUGAAAAAGAGCAUAUGUGUCGCAUGAUUAAGCUUCCUUCAGAUAUUGUCAUAGAUAUUGAAUAUGAACUUAAAUCAUUGAAAAAUUUUCAUGAAGUAAUUGAUAAAAUUGAAGGGUUUAUUCCUGAAGAUUUUUUGAAUCGUUUAACUCCAAAUGGUAUUCCUCCACAUGAACUUGUUCUGAAAAAAAUUUAUCCUGUUACGUUGCUCAGAAAUAUUAAUUCUUCGGAAGGAGAUAAGCAUUCAGCACCCUUUAAAAGAACUCAGUUUUCCAUUCGUCCUUGUUUUGCUAUAACUAUUAACAAGGCUCAAGGUCAAACACUAGAUUUUGUAGGACUAUAUCUUCUUGAACCUGUGUUUUUCACAUGGGACGAGGAUGAAGAUAAUAUUCAUUGUUACAAAUAUCCACUACCAUCUUCCGUCUAUAAAUGGACAUCAUAUCAGGACAAACAGUUUUACGUUAAGUUAAAUUAG